AUGAAGAGGAAGCCAUUUUUCUUGGCGGCCUUGGCUACAGGUCAGCUCUUUGACGUCGCGAACGCCUUUCACGUCUACCCACCUCGAGCCCUGAGCAGCCGCGGCGCACAUGUAGAGAUAGCGCCCACACGGCCCUUCUUCUCCUGUCUGCCUGCUGGUAGCUGCGGUGCACAUCGCCGGCGAUCAUGCUCUGGCCGGCGAGAACUUCAGCUGGCGUUGGAGAGUGAAGCGCUGGCGGUAGGAGCAGCCAUGAUCGCGGGGGCAGCAAUCAUCGGAGCAGGGCGAGGGUUGUCAACGCUCGCCGGCGCGUUCAAGCUCGCGGACUACCGAACAACGAGCGGCCACGAUCUGCGCCUGGACGAAAAGUUGGGGUCCAAGCGCCGUCGACUUGAUCCUUCGUCAGAAACAACCUCCGGUUCCUUAGAGAGUACGGGUGGAAGAGGGGCUUCUGAGACGGCGCUGGGAGUAGAGACCGACUGGCGAGAAGAGGUCCGACUGGCUUCGCAGCUGCCGGAUGAUGGCGUUGUGUUCGGCGGUUCAGGAGGUAUAGAAGGAGAUGAUGGAACUUGAUAUGGAACGGCAAGGGGGCGUUGUGAAGGAAAGAAUUAUAGAGUUUCCGUGAUGAGUACAAGCACCUGGCCGGUUGUGUGACUUGAAACAUACCUCUGUACGGUAAGGCCUAUUCGGUCCAGUUGUUGGUUGGGCAUGACAUUAUUUUGCGGAUUGUUGGUUGUACGUCAGGGGCAUAUUGUUGAGGAAAGCAUGUUACUCACAGGGGUGAUGCACCUUAGGCUCGUAGACAAGAAUUCGUACACCGACAUCUUGGCCGUCGAUCCUGCACGCCUUCUGCUCGGCGGAGAUGGUUACGUUUGCGUCUAAAUUUAGCUCGGGAGCGGGGCUAAUUGUCUAGGCAUAACGUAAACGGGCCAGGAGGUGUAGAAGGGUGGAGCCGAGAGAGCAAUGUCCGUCACAUGCGUACUUGUCGGUAGAGCGGGCUAUGUUGAUACUCCUCAGUUUGAGUUGAUGGCUUCACGAUGGUCAUGCCAUGAGCACCUCGGCUCGAGAAGCGGUGUCAACUACUUGUCGCAUCCAACUCUACUCGCACCAGAAAUCGCGGUAUCUCGAGUCCCGAGUGUUGCCUACAACUGGUCAUUAUGGCUGUAAUACCUGCUAGUUGGGGGGGGUCCGAGUUGACAGUUUGCUUCGAACGAGAAGAUUCCC